AUCUACCCAACAUCCGGCCCCUGCGACUAGGGUUUCAAACAUUUCGCUUCGGAAACGCACCACUAUAUAUACGGAUAGACGCCCUCUCCCUCCAGUUUCUAGGGUUUCCAGAGGGCCGAAUCGCAGAUCCAGUCCCAAAGCUUCCGCAAUGGGGAGGAGACCAGCAAGGUGUUAUCGCCAGAUCAAAAACAAGCCUUACCCAAAAUCCAGGUACUGCCGUGGUGUGCCGGAUUCUAAGAUUAGGAUUUAUGAUGUAGGAAUGAAGAAAAAGGGAGUCGAUGAGUUUCCCUUCUGUGUCCAUUUGGUCAGUUGGGAGAAGGAGAAUGUCUCCAGCGAGGCACUGGAAGCUGCGCGUAUUGCAUGCAACAAGUACAUGACCAAGUUUGCUGGAAAGGAUGCCUUCCACUUGAGGGUGAGGGUGCAUCCCUUCCAUGUUCUGCGUAUUAAUAAGAUGCUUUCGUGCGCUGGAGCUGAUAGGCUCCAGACUGGAAUGCGUGGAGCUUUUGGUAAGCCCCAAGGCACAUGUGCAAGAGUUGCCAUUGGUCAGGUCCUUCUCUCUGUCCGUUGCAAAGAUACAAACAGUCAACAUGCUCAGGAAGCCUUGCGCCGUGCGAAGUUCAAGUUCCCUGGUCGUCAAAAGAUCAUUGUCAGCAGGAAGUGGGGAUUUACAAAGUACAGCCGUGCCGAUUAUCUGAAAUGGAAAUCAGAAAACCGCAUUAUGUCUGAUGGUGUCAAUGCCAAGCUUCUUGGAUGUCAUGGACCCUUGGCGCAGCGUCAACCUGGAAGAGCAUUUCUUGAUGCAGUCGCUUAGAAGUUCUGUCAACUGAAGAUUCCUGGGCAUUAGGCUACCAUUUCCCAUAUGAGUUUCUAGUUAUCUGUAAUGUGGUAUCUUGAUCUGAAGAACUUUUAAUGUCUUCUUUUCCGCAUUUUAUUGCUUUCCGGGGGACUUUUGUUAGCCCUCUACAUGAAUGUUGGAAACUUGGAUUACUUUGCUUAAAUUUUGGCAGAUAUUGGGUAUUAUUUAUCAGUUACUUUUUGGUUGCCGUA